UGUCCCUGGCGCUAGCAGCGAAGCGCAUGCAUGUGCGCAGUGUGCUGGUGAAGAACCUGCAGGCCGUGGAGACCCUUGGCUCCUGCACCGUCAUUGCCUCUGAUAAGACCGCCACCCUCACCCAGAACCGCAUGACCGUCCAGCACUGCUGGUACGACCUGCGGGUGUUUGAUUGUCCGGUGGUGCGAAACCGGGUGAGUGGGAGGAGAGGGGCUGGUGAUGGGCAUAGAGAUGCCGGCGGCGCGAGUUUGACCUGCACGCGGCGCCGUGUGCAGGGACGCAUCAGAGCAGGGCUGCUCAAGUUCGUGGAGCCGCUGCGGCCCGCCAAGGAGCUGAGGGACCUGUACGCCAAGCUGUUUGAGAUCAAGUUCUCCUCCGCCACCAAGUGGCAGCUCUCCAUCCACGUCCAGUCAGCGCAGAACCGGUUACCGCCGGUGCUGGUGAUGAAGGGGCGCACCAGAGACGGUGCUGGAGCGCUCUGCUCCACACGCUCGUUUCACCCCCAACCCCCUCCUGUCCAUCCCUCCCCCCUUUCUCCCCGCCUUCCCUCUUCCUCCCUUCCCUUCUUCCCCUUCCCCUUCUCGUCUCACCCCCCCCCCCGUCUCCUCUCGUGGCAGUUCACGCACAAGCCCGCAGCCAACUUCCCCACGGGCGGGCUGGCGUUCGUGGGCAUGGUGGAGCCUCAUGGACCCGCCGCGCCCGGGCGUGCCCGAGGCCGUGGCACAGUGCCGGCGCGCCGCUGUGAAGGUGUGAUUCUCAACCCCAGGGGGAUGUUCUCUUUCCCCCUUCUCUUCCGCCACGCCUUUCAUUUCCUUAACGCAUUCACUGCGCUACCUGCAAGCUCACUCUCAUCGCCGCUCCUCCUAUCCUGCUCCCAAGCACUGCAACCAGCAUGUCUUUUCACGCUCUUCUCCACCUUCCUUGCUCUCCUCCCUGACCCCACUCCGCACUGCUCUCCCAAUUCCCCCUCCUUCCCCCCGCUUUCCCCCUUUUCUCCCCUUCUUCCCCCCUUUCCCCCCCUUUUCCCUCUCCUUCCCCCCCUUUUCCCGCCCUCCCCCCCCCCCGCACCAGGUAAUCUUUGCGCGGGUGUCCCCAUCGCACAAGCUGCUGCUGGUGGAGCACUGCCAACGGCGGGGGGAGAUAGUGGCAGUCACGGGGGACGGGGUCAACGCGCACCCGCACUCAAGAAGGCCGACAUUGGUAUUGCCAUGGGCAUUGCCGGCAAGGACGUGUCCAAGGAAGCGGCGGACAUGAUCCUCCAAGGACGUGUCCAAGGAAGCAGCGGACAUGAUCCUGAUGGACGACAGCUUUGCGUCCAUAGUGAGCGGCGUGGAGGAGGGCGGCUCAUCUUUGACAACCUGAAGAAGACCAUCUGCUACGCGCUCACCGUCAACGUGCCGCAGCUCAUCCCCUACCUCGACAACGUGCUGCUCGGCGUGCCCCUCGCACUCUCCACCGUGCUCAUGCUCGCCAUCUGCCUCGGCACCGACAUGCUGCCUGCUAUCUCCCUGGCUUACGAGGAGAAGGAGUCGGACAUCAUGGACCGGCCGCCAAGGAACCCCAGGCGGGACCGCCUGGUGAGCUGGCGGCUGAUCAGCCAUGCGUAUCUGCUCAUCGGCGCCGUGCAGACGCUCGCUGGCUUCCUCGCCUACCUCGCUGUCUUCAACGACUAUGGCUUCCGCCCAAUGUACCCAUGCUCGCUGCCUGCCUGCCUGCCUGUCAGGAUGCUGAUUCACCAGCAUGAUCUCCGCGUGACUGCUCACUGCUCACUGGUGACAAUCCCACAUUGUAACAGACGUGUUUUAGCUGCUCCACCAGUCACGAAUCUUUCUCUCACCAACCUCCCUCCCCGCCUCAACUUCUGUCAUCUCCCCGCCCCUUCUCCCCCCGACCACUUCUCCUUACCCACCCUCCUCACCACAGAUGCUGCAGCGAAUCGGCCCUACUGCUACCAGGGCUGCCCCAUGCCCAACAGCAACGUGACGCCAGUGGUGGUGGAUCCGUUCAGUGAGAUGGGCGCGGCGGGGUUCAAGGGGCAGCACUUCUGCGCGCUCACCUGCAACACAUCGGCUUCUGCCUUUCCGGGGGGUGUGCUGCCGUCGCAGUGCUCCAGCCCGUCGCUCUCCUCCAAUGUGGGGUUCCCAGGGCGGCAGCAGCUGGGAAAGCCGCUGGGGCCGUACAACGGGUGGUACUGGUGGGCGGGGCGAAAGCAAUUGCAGCCCAACACGCAGUACCAGGUGGAGGUGUUGCGCUAUGCCCAGUCCGCCUACUUUGUCGCUGUCAUCGUCACCCAGUGGGCCAACCUGCUCGUGUGCAAGACCCGCCGCCUCUCGCUCUUCCAGCAGGUCGGUGCUGCCAAUGCAGGUGCGGGCAUGCGCAACCACGUGCUGACCUUCUCGCUGUUCUUUGAGACGCUGGUGGCAGCAGCGCUGCUGUACUGGCCGUUCCUGCAGGAGGUGUUUGACACGCGGCCCCUCAAUGUGCUCUACUGGUUCAUCGGCGUGCCCUUUGCCCUCACCAUCCUCGCCAUUGGAGAGCUCCGCAAAUGGCUCAUUCGCAAGUUCCCAGGUCUGUAUUCUCGCUCCUCAUCCUUUUCGCCCCUCUCAUCCUUUUCGCCCCUCUCAUCCACCUGCCCCUCUCCUCCUCUCACCUCUCACCCUUGCCUUUUCAGCUGUUCAAGUCUGAGGAUGGAUGGACAGAUGGACCAACUGGUAAUGCUACGCUCUGUUCGUCACAGACUCAAGUGUCCCAUCCCAGCCACCUCGCUCUUUAUGCCAUAUCUCAACCUACAGUACUACCUCACAGUCUGUGCUCCUCUUGAAACUGCCGCCCCUCCAGAUCACCCUUAUUAG